GCCCCCCGCGGCCCCCGCCGCCGCCAGCGCCGCCACACAGCCCCCUGCCCCCGCCUGGGCCUACGAACCCCGAGCCUCAGCCGCAGCCGCCAGUAACAGCUGCAGCAGCGGCAGCAGCCCCAGCCUCAAGGCCAGUUUAAGCUAUGAAGAAGGACAUCCCUCACACUCUGAAACAGAUCUUCUUCAGAGACAGACUUUUGCAGCCUCUCAUCAGCUUCCUGGAUAUGCUCCCACACCUCAACCUACUGGUCUUUCUGGAAUAUUUGAUACUAGUGUGAACAGCGCCAGCGCUAACACUAAAGAAUCUUCAGUGAUGAAUUUUCUCUCUGCUGUUGAAUCCCGAACUGCCCAGGCUGCUUCUUCAGGAACUAUUUUUUUACCACAAUUCAGGGCUCCAUCCUGGCAGACAGGCAUGCAUUCCUCAGCAGCAACUGAGCUGUUUGUUACUGGACCUUUGCCAAGCACUGGAACACUUCCACCAUCUGCCCUCCCUGCAUAUCAGCAUCCCACCACCUUCAGCAAUAGAAACUUUGCUACCACCUCACCUUUGGUGCUUCAGGACUCAACUUUUAACACUACAUCAAAUGGAAUUUUAAAUCCUCAUGACCCUUUGCUACAAAUCAAGACUUCCCAGGGAACUGUUCCAACUGCGUUAGCAUUCGAGCGUCUGGGCAGUUCUGCGUUAAGUAACAGCAUACCACCUCAGUCUUCAACAUAUCGCUCAGCUCAAGAAUCUGCUCCCCAUCUUUUACAACCUCAGUUUAGUUUGUUGCCUUCAGCACUUGGGGGAGCCCAGCAAACUCCUCAAGCCUACAGUUCAACUCUCUUUACUAGUUCUACUGCUUCCAUUGAAAGAGCUCUUCUUCGAGAAUGUAGUGUUAUUAAACACCAUCAGCGGCCUUCAGGUACCCAGUCUAUUCAGGCACAACUGACUGGUUCACAUCACUCCUUACAUAGUUAUCUAUCAAAUGCAAGUGUAGUUAAUUUUCAGGAAACAACCAGGCAGUCAUCUUUAUCCUGUAGCGCAAUUGGAGAUUCCACUCAGGUGAGCAAUGGAGGAUUGCAACAGAAGACCUCCCAGGUCUCAGUUGAGCUUGCUCAGUCUUAUUCAUCUGUAAUUCCAUCAUCAGGGUAUCUUCCUUCUAGUACAAAAGUAAAAAGCUGUUCUAUAGAACAACCACUAACAUCAACUAAGAACCCCAAACCUCAAAGUAUAAUUCCUCCUGUGCAAACACUAAGUUAUUCAACACCUUUACAUAACCAGAGUUCUGUAGUAUCGGGCCAAGCACAAAUUUAUUCUACAGCGCAGCUACCAAGCCUUUUAUCAGUUAGUCAGUCCCAAAAUUAUGGUUUAGUACAGCCACAUAAUGUGCCAUCUAUUGUUCAUUCACAGGUUUAUAGGUCCAGCAAGGUUGAGAAAUUGCCAUCCAUAUAUAAAACAUUGACUUUUUCUGGGUCAUCUCAGACUAUAACUUCUGAAAAUCAGACACUUAAUUAUUCAUCUAAUCAGCAAGAAGUAUUAUCUUCAGUCACAAAUGAGAAUUUUCCUGCUCAAACAAGAGAGCUGUCUUCAGUCAGUCAGUCUCAAAGUUACUCAUCAGGUCACUCUCAGGGUUUAUCACCAGUUAGCCAGACACAGGUUAGUUAUUCAUCUCAAUCACAAGUUUUGUCAGUUGUUAGUCCUUCAGAAAACUAUGCUUCUGGGCAGUCCCUGACAUUAACAGCCCCUUCUCUUUCUUAUUCUUCUGCCUCUCGGGCUCAGAAUUUGCCAGAUUCUAGCCCAACCCAAAAUUAUAUUUCUAUGCAUUCUUCCCAAAAUGUUCAGACUCAAGAGUCAUCAUCUCCCCAGUCCCAGAAGUUUUUGCCUACUGUCCAGUCACCUUUUGCAUCCUCUACUCAUUGUCAGACGUUGCAGAGUAACAUACCUUCCCCUGAUCCAAAGUCUUACGCUGACAGAAAACUUGAUUCAGAUGUGUAUACAUCUUCAAAGGAAGAAGAUGAUUUUCCAAUGCAAGAGUUACAAGUAUUGCAGCCACAAGCAUCUCUUGAGUCAUCAACCCAGAGGCUGUCUGAUGGGGAAAUUAAUGCUCAAGAAUCAACUUACAAGGUGUCAAAAGCAGAUGACAGAUAUUCUCAGAGUGUAAUCAGAAGUAAUUCCCAUCUUGAAGAUCAAGUUGUUGGGAUUGCUCUACAAGGGUCAAAAAAAGAAGAAAGCAUGGUUGGUUCAGUGACACAACUUAACCAACAAAUUGGCCAAGUCAAUAACGCAGCUACUGUUGAUCUUAAGAAAGCAACUAAUUUAAUACAAACGCCACAAGUAAGGUUGAAUGCUAAAGACCUAAACCAACAGCAUUCUCUUAUACAUAAGGUGCAUGAAACCAAGGUCCAGGAACAACAUGAUCAAAUUAUUAAUGCCUCAUCUCAAAUUCAAAUCCCAAAUCAUGCUUUAGGACACGGCCAUCAAGCAUCUCUUUCUAAUACACAGGUCCUUUUAGAUUCUGCCUGUGAUUUACAAAUUCUUCAGCAGUCAAUAUUGCAGGCAGGUUUAGGACAAGUAAAGGCAUCUUUACAAGCACAGCGUGUUCAAAGUCCUCAACAAAUAGCACAUCCUUUCCUUCAGAUGGAUGGUCAUAUUAUUCAGAGCAAUGGUGAUCAUUCUCAGCAGCAGCUCCAUCCUCAAACUCCUGAAAUUAUGAAAAUGGACCUCUCUGAGUCUUCAAAACAAUUACAACAACAUCUAACAACAAAGGGCCAUUUUAGUGAAACAAAUCAACAUGAUUCAAAAAAUCAGUUUGUUUCUCUUGGAUCAAUAUGUUUCCCAGAGGCAAUGCUUCUCAGUGAUGAAAGAAAUAUUUUGUCAAACGUAGAUGAUAUUUUAGCAGCUACAGCAGCAGCUUGUGGGGUUACGCCUUCUGAUUUUUCCAAGUCAACUUCAAAUGAAACUAUGCAGGCUGUUGAAGAUGGUGACUCUAAAUCUCAUUUUCAGCAGUCAUUAGAUGUCAGUCAUGUGACUUCCGAUUUUAACUCUAUAACAGCUACAGUUGGAAAGUCACAGAAUAUAAAUGAUAUUUCCUUAAAUGGAAAUCAGGUUACUGUAAACCUUUCACCAGUCCCCACCCUUCAGUCAGAAAUGACUCUUGAACAACAGCACAUUGAAACACCUGGUCAAAAUCUACCAACUAAAGUAACUUCAGCAGUGGUUGGACCAAGUCAUGAAGUCCAGGAGCAAAGUUCUGGCCCAUUCAAGAAACAGUCUGCUACCAAUCAUGAAUCUGAAGAAGACAGCGAAGUUCCUGUUGAUAGUACAUUAAAUAAUAACAGAAACCAAGAGUUUGUUUCUAGUAGUCAAAGUAUAAGUGGAGAGAGUGCUACAUCAGAGAAUGAAUUUACCUUAGGGGGUGAUGACAGUGGUGUGUCAAUGAACCCAGUUAGGAGCACACUUGCACUGCUGGCCAUGGCCCAACCUGGGGAUGCAAUCAGUGUCAAGAUUGAAGAAGAAAACCAAGAUUUAAUCCAUUUUAACCUUCAAAAGAAAACAGCUAAAGGUAAAGGGCAAGUUAAAGAGGAAGACAACAGUAAUCAGAAACAGCUAAAAAGACCUGUCCAAGGCAAACGCCAGAAUCCAAGGGGAACAGAUAUAUAUUUACCAUAUACUCCUCCUUCCUCAGAAAGCUGCCAUGAUGGUUAUCAGCAUCAAGAAAAAAUGAGGCAAAAGAUCAAAGAAGUGGAGGAAAAACAGCCAGAAGUCAAAACAGGAUUUAUUGCUUCUUUCUUAGAUUUUCUGAAAUCUGGGCCCAAGCAGCAGUUUUCCACUCUUGCUGUACGAAUGCCUAACAGGACUAGACGGCCAGGGACCCAGAUGGUUCGUACAUUUUGUCCCCCACCACUUCCAAAGACUUUAUCUACAACACCCACACUUUUAGUGUCUGAAAGUGGGGGUAACGGUCCAUCAGAAAAAGUUGAUAAUGAACUUAAAAAUUUGGAACAUUUAUCUUCAUUUUCUUCUGAUGAAGAUGAUCCUGGAGUGUGCAGUCAUGAUAUUUAUAAAAGCAUCUCUACUCCUUUAACUGCUUUGGAUGCUACUUCUGAUAAAAAGAAGAAAACAGUUUCAGAAGCCCUACAGAUGGCAACUACUAGCCCAACUGCCAAUACUACUGGUACUGCUACUACUUCUUCCACCACUGUGGGUGCAGUUAAUCAAGAAACUCUCCACUGUACAUCAUCUGCAGUAAAUAUCCCGGAAAAUGUAAACUCUACAGAACCCCCAAAGCCCAUUGAACUUGAUGGUCUUCCUUCAGACCAGUUUGCAAAAGGACAAGACACUGUUGCCAUAGAAGGUCAUACAGAUGAGGAGAACACAGAAAGUGGAGGAGAAGGCCAAUACAGAGAACGUGAUGAAUUUGUGGUAAAGAUAGAAGACAUAGAGACUUUUAAGGAGGCAUUAAAAACAGGAAAAGAACCCCCAGCUAUUUGGAAAGUACAAAAAGCUUUAUUACAGAAAUUUGUUCCUGAAAUUCGAGAUGGGCAAAGAGAAUUUGCAGCUACAAAUAGUUACCUUGGUUAUUUUGGAGAUGCAAAGAGUAAAUACAAAAGGAUAUAUGUGAAGUUCAUUGAAAAUGCAAACAAAAAGGAGUAUGUCAGAGUGUGUUCUAAAAAGCCAAGAAAUAAGCCUUCACAAACUAUCAGAACUGUUCAAGCUAAGCCAAGUAAUAGCAAUAAAACUUCUGAUACUCCAACAUCAAAAUCUACAACUACAAAAGCCCCUUCCGUGAAACCCAAAGUUAAACAACUAAAAGUAAAGGCUGAGCCACCACCAAAGAAACGGAAGAAGUGGAAAGAAGAAUUUUCAUCAUCCCAAUCUGACUCAUCUCCUGAAAUCCAUUCUAGUAGUAGUGAUGAGGAAUUUGAUCCUCCAGCUCCCUUUGUCACUCGCUUUUUGAACACAAGAGCAAUGAAGGAAACCUUUAAGAGCUACAUGGAAUUGCUUGUUAGCAUUGCCUUGGACCCUGACACAAUGCAAGCCUUAGAGAAGAGCAAUGAUGAGCUACUUUUACCUCAUAUGAAAAAAAUAGAUGGCAUGCUAAAUGACAACCGAAAGAGACUUCUUUUGAAUCUUCAUUUGGAUCAAUCAUUCAAGAAUGCUUUGGAAAGUUUUCCUGAACUAACAAUAAUUACUCGAGACUCUAAAGCAAAAAGCGGAGGACCUGCUAUUUCUAAAAUCAAAAUGAAUGGCAAAGCUUAUAAUAAGAAAACCCUAAGGACUUCUAAAACAACCACUAAAUCUGCACAAGAGUUUUCUGUUGAUCCAGAGAAAAUACAGUUGUAUGCUUUGUAUCAUUCACUGCAUCAUUAUAAAUAUCAUGUUUAUCUGAUAUGUAAGGAUGAGGUAAUUUCUUGUCAUUUAUUUAAAAGAGAAAUGUAUGUUUUUCUGAACUUAAAAGAGACUCCAGCUAUAGUAUUUUUGAAUGUUUUUAAAUAUAUUAUAAAAUAUGUGUGUAUAUAUUUUGCCCAUACAAUACCAUACAAUAUUUUGUAAAUAGUCUAGAUGAUUUAUUGUUCUGAGUCUCCAUGCUAUGUUUUGUGCUCAGAUUAAUCCGAGACUCACAACCGCUUGUAGGAGCUAUCAUUGGUAAUGUUUUUAAGCUCUUAGUGCUUGCUUUACAUUGCCAU